AUGCCGGCCAAGAGAAAGCUCUCCGAUGCUGACCCUCCACCAGCCGUCCCGCCCUCGCUGCCGCCCUCGGUCGAGGAGGCCUACCGCCGCAAAUGCGUCCAGCUCAAGAACCGCACAAACGAGGUCGAGGACGCAAACGACGCCGCCCGCCUGCGCCUCGCCCGGAUAAAACGCCAGGUCGAGAAGCUCAGGAUAGAGAGGGCCUUUCUGCUCGAGCAGCUGGCCAAGCGCACCAGCGCAAACGUCGAGGACUCCGAGGGCAGCCCGAGCCCGCCUCCCACACCCAAGGAUAAGCCUCUGCGCAUCAAGAGGGGUCAUCGCAAAUCCGCCGCCAACGACCCCGACCCAAAGGCCGGCACCGCCAACUCGUCCAAAGACCCCGGCUCGCCCGCGUCCGAGUCCCAGUCCCAACGACCCGAGAGCCAGCCCAAGGCCGGCAAGGUGGCCUCGGCUAACGGCGUGUCCAAGUCGUCGGGCCCGGCGACCAGCGCCUUUGAGCUCUACUGCCGGGACGUGCGGCCAGUCCUUGAGGCGAAAAAUGGGUCGGGAGACGUCAACGUCGACGAGGAGCUCGCACGCGGGUGGGAGGAGCUGCCAGAGGCCGACAAGGACGAAUUACGGGCCAAGCUGGACGAGCAGGCCAAGGAGCACCGCGACAAGGGCAGCAAAGAACCCGAAGAGUCCAGCAAAAAGGAACGCAAGUCGUCGGGCGGCAGUGCCAAGCCCGAGCCGCAAGACGACGACGUCGAGAUGAUUCAGUACGACACCGAAGACCAAGAGACGCAGAUGGACAAAGACGGCGAGGAUUAG